GCCAACGCCCCGGCGGAGAAGCUGAGGUCAUCGUCGGAUUAGAAAUAUUUAAAGUGGAUAGAAAAUUGUUUUAGCAAUGCAGAAAAUUAAGUGUGUUGUUGUGGGCGAUGGUGCUGUUGGUAAAACAUGUCUCCUGGUUUCCUACACAACAAACAAAUUUCCAUCUGAGUAUGUUCCAACUGUUUUUGACAACUAUGCAGUCACAGUUAUGAUUGGUGGAGAGCCAUAUACUCUUGGACUUUUUGAUACUGCAGGGCAAGAGGAUUAUGACGGAUUAUGACCGCUGAGUUAUCCACAAACAGAUGUAUUUCUAGUCUGUUUUUCAGUGGUCUCUCCAUCCUCAUUUGAAAAUGUGAAAGAAAAGUGGGUGCCUGAGAUAACUCACCACUGUCCAAAGACUCCUUUCUUGCUUGUUGGAACCCAAAUUGAUCUCAGAGAUGACCCCUCUACUACUGAGAAGCUUGCCAAGAACAAACAGAAACCUAUCACUCCAGAAACUGCUGAAAAGCUGGCACAUGACCUGAAGGCUGUCAAGUACGUGGAGUGUUCUGCACUUACACAGAAAGGCCUAAAGAAUGUAUUUGAUGAAGCAAUAUUGGCUGCCCUGGAGCCUCCAGAACCGAAGAAGAGCCGCAGGUGUGUGCUGCUAUGAACAUCUCUCCAGAGCCCUUUCUGCACAGCUGGUGUCGGCAUCAUACUAAAAGCAAUGUUUAAAUCAAACUAAAGAUUAAAAAUUAAAAUUCGUUUUUGCAAUAAUGACAAAUGCCCUGCACCUACCCAUAUGCACUCGUGUGAAACAAGGCCCAUAGGUAUGGUCCCUUUCCCCCUCUCAGUACGAGUUAAUUUUGAGUAAUUGUGUAUUGUCAGAAAAGUGAUCAGUACUAGUUUUUGUUUUGUUACUCAAAAAU